AUCAUGAACAAGUGGCUGGGAGAUGUAGUUAUACGGUUAGUAGAUGAUAAAGUGGAGGAGGUGGCUGUGAGUACUCUGGAGGGCGAGGGGAAGGUGGUGGCUGUCUACUUCUCUGCUCACUGGUGCCCUCCCUGCAGGGCCUUCACUCCACAGCUUGCCAAGUGGUACCGGAAAUUCAAGGAUGGACCAAAUGGAGACAAGUUUGAGAUUGUAUUCGCUAGCUCUGAUCGUGAUGAUCAAUCUUUCAUGGACUAUUUCAAAGACAUGCCUUGGCUUGCCCUUCCCUAUGCAGAGAGAAAGAAGAAGAAUGAUCUGUCAAGAAAAUUCAAGGUUUCUGGUAUCCCGACAUUGGCAAUGGUGAAUGCUGCCAAUGGGAAGCUCAUCACAUCCGAUGGCCGCAGUGUCAUCGUAGAAGAUGAUUCCGGUAAAAAGUUUCCAUGGAUACCCGGUCCUUUCCUUGAGGUUGUCAAAGGGAAGUUUUGUAAGGGCAUAAAAGGAAAGGAAGUGGAUACCGAACACCUCAGAGGGAAGACCCUCGGUGUAUACUUCUCAGCAUAUUGGUGUGGGCCUUGCAGAUCCUUUACUCCUCAGCUGGCCAGCAUCUACAAGAAACUUAGAUCUAGGGGCAUAAAGUUUGAAAUAAUCUAUGUCAGUUCUGACAAGGACGAACGACAGUGGAAGGAUUACUAUUCCACCAUGCCCUGGAUUUGUGUACCAUAUGGUGACCCCAGAAAGAAGGUCCUUUCUAGAAUGUUCGAUGUUCAAGGUAUACCUACUCUGGUGAUGAUCGAUGAGCAUGGACAGGUUAUCAACAUGGGUGCUCGAUCUGCCGUGGGGAUGGACCUGCAAGGGGAGAGAUAUCCAUGGUACCCUGAGCCAGUGAGACAGCUUACAGGGUUAACCGGAGCAGACAUUAACGACUUUGUCUCUCUUGUGUGGUUCAAGUACGAUCGAACGGGUAGCGAACUAGCAGAUGUGAUGAGACCGGUUGCUAAGGAAUGGAUCCAAAAGUGGAAGGAUGCGGGAGAAGAAGAGUUGAUGAUGUUCUAUGUGACAGGGAGUGAUAUAGAUGAUGAGGAUGACAUCGCUAUCUCCUUGACAAGUUUUGCAGCACUUAAGAAAGACACACAAUUGGCUAUUGUCGACAUAAACAACCAGAAGGUGUACGAGUGUGAUGCUACUGAUGUGGAUGCUGGUGUUAUGGGAGUGUUUGUGGAAGGAUUCCUCAACCAGUCAAUUGAGGGGAAACCUCUAAAAUCAUGAAUUACUAGCACACCCACAGCUGCUCACUAAUUUUACCAUUAUAUAUAAUUUAUAUAGACUUUUUUAUUUUACACUGUUGAUGCUCAUCAUGUGGUUUUGUGUUAUUUUUGUAUUGGUCCGUGUUUAUGAUUUCCCAGCUGAUAUAAGUUAAUGCAGUUGGUUAUCAAAUAAUAAAUAUUGUCACAGUACACUGA